AUGAUAGAACUUAAUCACGAUUGCCUCUGGCAGAUAUUAACCAAUUUGGAACAAGAUAAAAACUCUCUAUACGCGGCAGCAUUAGUUAAUCAUGCUUGGUGUAAAGUUGCAAUUCAGUUUUUGUGGAAAAAACCAUUUCGUUUCUUGUAUACAUGUCGAAAGUCAUGCCAAUGUUUAACCGAAAUUCGACAUAAGAAAGCGAGAAAUCUUCUUACAACUUUCAUUACAUGUAUUGCUCAGAAUCAAGUUUUAUCUACCAUUAAUAUGCAAGACUUUGUAAUAUGGACCAACGCAUCACGCACGGCCUUCGAUUACUCAUGUUUCUUGCGUCAUAUUGACCUCCAUGACUUAUUUUUAGCUCUCAUGGAUGGUGUUAAAUAUUUAAUAUCACAUAAACAUCUCGAUUAUACAAUAGCUUUUCAUCAUAUUACAAAAUUUAUUUCACCUGGCGAUAAUUGGGAAAAUGCUGUCAUUAAGGAAAUGGCUCGUGAUAUAUGCAAGCUCUUAAUAUUACAUUGUUCUAAUCUAAGAUACUUAUCAAUUGAUAUGGCUAAUAAACAAUGGUCAAAAGAAAAUCAUAGAUGUUCAAGCCUUCCAAAUAUUUCUUUCUGGAUUACUGUCAAAGAAAUUCCCGAAGAACUUUUAUUAAUUCCAACUUAUCCCGGUGCAAUUAAAAGUUUAUCUCAAUUAGUAGAGUUUUAUUGGGGUGCCACUCAUUGGACUUCUGAAUUUUUGAUCGCCUUAUCAAAAGUUUCCAAAAGACUUCGAACACUUAUAAUUGAUAUGUCUAAUUUCGGUAGAAAUGAGAAUAAUGAUCAUGCAAGGAACUUAGGAACUUUAAUAAAAGCCCAAACUGCUUUACAAGAAAUUCAAUUCAUCAAAUGUAAACCACGUGUCUUACCAUCAAUCAUGCAAGGACUUCGUACUCAAGCUAAAUCUUUACGUUACUUUCACUUUCAAGGAAUGGUAAAAGAUUGGAGUGUAUUUUCUGAAUUAGUACAUUUAACUAAUAUACAAGAAUUGAGUUUCGUUAAGGCCAACUUUCGAUGUAGCGAAAUUGAAAUGUUAGCAUCAUCAAAUUUUCCAAAUUUGACGAAACUUGUUUUUGAUACUACUAGUUUUCGAUUUCCAAUUAUCAUACCUGAAAUUAUUAUACAAAGUUCAGGGAGAAAACUAAAGACAUUUUCAUUACCAGCAUAUUUUUAUCCAUCAUAUGAUGGAUUUAUUCCAACAGUUGCGUUAUCUGUUGCUCAAUAUUGUACAAAUUUAGUACAUUUCGAAUAUCAUGUUACUAGAAGAGAGUUUUCACAGUUGAUAAUACUAUUCGCAUCAUGUCAACAUCUUGAAAAGGUUAUGCUUGCUGGUAAUCCAGAAGAUGCAAAUGAAUUAUUAUUACAAUUAGCAGAUUUAGAGUUACCUAAUUUACGAGAAUUUGAAAUUUCCGCGCAAUGGUCUUAUACUUCAAUAUCAUUAGAGUCAUUUCUCGUCAGAUCGAAAGCACCACUCAGAGUUCUUGUGCUCCGAUCUUCACCAUGCUUUUCUGAUAAUCACUUGGAAGUCGUCUUACGAUGUUUAAGUGACACAUUACAUCGAUUACAUGUAGAAUCAGCACAAAAAAUGACUAAAGUGAUGUUGUCAAAAGCUAAUGAAUGUAUCACUGAUUUUGUGUACAAGAUGAUAUAUGAGGUUUAUAAUCCAGGAUGGUUAUUAGAAUGA